CGGGCCAGGCGGGUGCCGCCAUGCCGACUGUCAGCGUGAGGCGGGACCUGCUGCUGCGGGCGCUGGGCAGGAGCUGCACUGAUGAAGAAGUUGAUGAGCUUUGUUUUGAGUUUGGUUUGGAGCUUGAUGAAAUUACAUCUGAGAAAGACAUUAUAAGUAAAGAAAAAGGUGAAGAAAAGGCAAAGGGUGCAUCUGAUACUGUUCUCUAUAAAAUUGAUGUUCCUGCCAACCGUUAUGACCUUCUGUGCCUUGAAGGGUUGGUCCGAGGGCUGCAGGUCUUUAAAGAAAGGAUAAAUCUCCCUAAGUAUGAAAAGAUAAUACCAGCUCAGGGUGAAGGUCAGAAGUUGAUUAUCACUGCAGAGACUGUCCAAGUCCGUCCUCACGCUGUAGCAGCAGUUCUUCGGAAUAUCACUUUUACCAAGGAACGUUACGAUAGUUUCAUUGACCUCCAAGAAAAACUACACCAAAAUAUCUGCAGGAGAAGAGCGUUAGUAGCAAUAGGUACCCAUGACUUGGACACCAUCUCUGGACCAUUUACUUUUACAGCUAAAGCACCUUCUGAAAUCAAAUUCAAGCCCUUGAAUCAAUCUCAGGAGUACACAGCUUCACAAAUUAUGGAUCUGUAUAGGACUGACAGUCACCUGCGGCAGUACUUGCACCUGAUUGAAAACAAGCCACUUUAUCCAGUUAUUUAUGACAGCAACGGUGUUGUUCUCUCCAUGCCACCAAUCAUCAAUGGAGAUCACACGAAAAUAAGUUUAAAAACCAGAAAUGUGUUCAUUGAAUGUACAGGCACAGAUAUUACAAAGGCAAAAAUUGUUCUUGAUAUUCUAGUCACCAUGUUUAGUGAAUAUUGUGAGAAGCCCUUCACUGUUGAAGCAGCAGAAGUGGUUUAUCCUAAUGGGAAGACCCAUAUCUAUCCGGAGCUGGCUUACCGAAAAGAGAAGGUGAAACCUGAACUCAUUAACAAGAAGUUAGGAAUCAGUGAAACUCCAUCAAGCCUUGCAAAGCUGCUGACGAGGAUGUGUUUGAAGUCAGAAGUCACAGGGAAUGGGAACAGUAUAGAGAUUGAAAUCCCUCCCACCAGAGCGGACGUUAUCCAUGCAUGUGAUAUCAUAGAAGAUGCAGCAAUAGCUUAUGGUUAUAACAACAUUCAGAUGACUGUUCCAAAAGUGUACACCAUAGCUAAUCAACUCCCCAUCAAUAAGCUCACAGAACUUCUGAGACUGGACUUGGCAGCUGCUGGAUUCACUGAAGCACUCACUUUUGCCCUGUGUUCUCAAGAAGACAUUGCAGACAAACUUGGCAUGGAUAUCUCUGCAACAAAAGCAGUGCACAUAGGAAACCCCAAAACUGCAGAAUUUCAGGUGGCACGUACCACCCUCCUGCCUGGGCUGCUGAAAACUAUCGCUGCUAACCGGAAGAUGCCCUUGCCCCUCAAACUCUUCGAGAUUUCAGAUAUUGUAGUAAAAGAUCCUAAUACAGAUGUAGGUGCAAGAAACUACAGGCAUUUCUGUGCAGUUUAUUACAACAAGAGCCCAGGGUUUGAGAUUAUCCAUGGUUUGCUGGACAGGGUCAUGCAGCUUCUUGAAGUACCACCAAAUGAAGAGAAUGGCUACACGAUCAAAGCAACUGAAGCCUCUGCUUUCUUUCCUGGUCGCUGUGCUGAGAUCUUUGCCAAAGGUCAAAGCAUUGGGAAACUUGGAGUCCUACACCCCGAUGUUAUCACCAAGUUUGAGCUCACCAUGCCAUGCUCUGCCCUAGAGAUCAAUAUUGAACCCUUCGUGUGAAGAUGGGACUUUGAUCCUGCUCCGCCUGGCCACUGUCAUGUGCAGCACCCUCUACUCCUUUGUCUUUCUCCGCAGGGGGCAUCUGCUUGUGCUUUUAUAUUCCAAUAAACUAGAAAACCAGCCUGGC